AUAAUAUCAAAAUCUAAAACUAAAAAGAUAUUCACUAGUAAUAUUAAUCCUUCUAUUUAACUUUUUUUUUUCUUCCUAAAACUCUACUAAUUAAAUAGUUUUGAAAACUACAGAUUACAGUAAAAUUUAACUAACCUAGCUUAGCAUGUCUGCAGACAAGUAAAUUCAAGAGAGCUCCUUAGAAAAUGAGAAGAAAUUUCGUUAAAAAAUGCAAAUUUUAGAGUCCAUUGAAAGCGAAAUAAACUAAAUGAAUAAAUAUUAUUCAGAAGGAUAGCUCUAAAUGGGACUUUCUAGCUUUUAAAGCGAUAAUUUGUAUCAUCAUCUCCAACCAAAGUCUUUUUCAGUUGGCCCAGCUAGUGCUUUAGUUAACUACGACUAAAAUAAAAAAUAAUUUUAGCUAGUUUAGGUGCCUAAAGAAUCUUUAAAAUUCAUAUAUAAAGAAGAGGUAGAGAAAAAAGAUACAAAAAAAAAAUAAACAAUAAGUUAUUUAGUAGAAGAAGAAGAUGAUGAAGAGUAUCUGAAAGAAGAGUAAGAAAGACUUGAAAAAGAGUUUAAGUAAUAAGGAAAUGAACCUUUUAAAUAGCUGGGUAUAUAAUAUCCACCAAAAACAUUGGAAAAUGCUUAGGCGAAUAUGAAAAAAACUUUAGAAUCUGCUCUAAAAAUAGUAAAUUUGCUAGAAAGCUUAAAAUGAAAAUCUACAAAAAAACUUUCAGCAGCACAUUAAAAAAAAUUAUUAGAGCUAGCUAUUAUAAGGAUUUAAUAGGAUUGAUAUAUGAUAUAUUACAUGUUUUUAAUUAUAAAUUAUGAAUAGCAAAAAAGGAUAAAAGCGCGAUAAUAAAAAUAUCUAUUUCAAAUGAAUAAAUAAAUAAUUUAUGAACUGUAAAAAUUAUAGUUAGUAUUGGUUUUUGUUUUCUUGUUUACAUUAGUCUAAAUAACAAAAUUUAUAAUAUUAAAUGCACAUUAUUAUAUUAAUAUAUUUUCUUUAAUUAAAUUGCAAGCUUUAUUUAAAUAAACACUUAAAUAUAGAGAAAGCAGUAAAAUCUUCAGUAUACGUUCUCCUUACUUAUAUUAGAAUAGCUAUAUCUUCAUGAAACAUUUAAGUCUAAUGAAUCAAACUAUUUUAAAGUCGUUUAUAGGACAUAUCUUUUUGAGUUACUUAAAAUUUGAUACUACUAGCUUAGCUUAAUUCAAACUUGGAUUUGUCUAUUUCUUAUUAAAACUCAUUAGUAAAUGAAAUCUAUAUAAAAGAAAUUAAUCUUGUAAAAAUGAAUAACUAAUUAGAACAUAGAUAGACUGCUUUUUAAAUAUGUUUGUUUUCA